AUGGAUCAAAAGAGGCCUGAAGCAAAAGAAGUCCAAAUUGAACUGAAGUCCAUUCGAAGGGUGCAGGGCGACCCUCCUAGCUACGACGGUGCCGGAAGCUGUCCGCGGGGUCGGGACAAUCCGGCGUACGACGCCAAAGACGGCACAUGGGAGGGUCGGCAAUCGACGGGAGCACAUAUGAACGACGUUUCUGUUGAAAUUUUGCAGGCGAAUGGAAUCAGAAAGAGGGGAUCCCCGGACGAGGUCACGCACGCUGUCCCGAAGGGGGACGGGAUGAAGCUCGAAUUCGACCUUGAUCAGUACGAGGAAAGUUCCGAUGAUGAAGAAGACGAGUACGACCACAAGCUGGCCCGAGCGGUGGGGACUGCACAGAGAGCAAUCUGGAACUACUUCCGGAUGAAUAAGAUUGUGUUCUGGAUCGUGGUGGCCGUCGUGCUGACGAUGCUAUACACGGCAUACUUCCUCUACGCUAUUAUCAAGUUCUUCGACAAGAGCGACGAGGAAAUGGUGCGCCUGCUCUGGUUCACGGUCUUCGUCGCGUGCUUUGCGGCCGCCAAGAUCUCCUGGGACAAAUCUCUGGAGCGGAAUUGGGACAGCGCGCGCAUGUCCGAGAAAAUCCGAGAGCGCUUUGAGCGGCUUCCGCACCAUGACAAAGUUGGAACAAUAGUCUACUGGUUCCUCGUGAUAGGCACUACCGUGUUCUUUAUUAUCUUCGUUAUCGUCGACAUCGCCAUAGACCACCCCGACAAUCUCAGAUCCGCCUUCGGCAUGGCCGUGUUUGUACUGCUGUUUUAUAUCUUCUCUUACAAACCGUCCAAGGUUCAGUUCCGGCCGGUGUUCUGGGGCCUGGCGCUCCAGUUCUAUUUCGCCCUCCUUAUCCUUCGUACCACGUGGGGCUACAACGCGUUCGAUUGGCUCGGCAAGCGCGUGAGCGAGUUCCUGGCCCACACGGACGCCGGCUCCAUCUUCGUGUUCGGCGAGGCGUAUACGAUGCACUUCUUUGCAUUGAAGGUGUUGACCGUCAUCAUAUUCUUCAGUUCCUUCAUUUCGAUGCUCUACUAUGCAGGGGUCAUGCAGUUCGUCAUUAGGCAUAUCGCCCGCUUCCUCGCUUUCUGCCUCGGCACCUCGCCAACGGAGAGUUUGAAUGCGGCGGGAAAUAUUUUCAUUGGUCAGAGUGAAGCCCCUUUGAUGAUCCGGCCGUUCCUCAAGGAGAUGACGCGCUCCGAGAUACACGCCGUGUGCACCGGUGGGUUCGCCACCAUCGCUGGGUCCGUCAUGGCGGCUUAUAUACUAAUGGGGGUUUCUCCGAACCAUCUGUUGUCGGCGUCCGUGAUGAGUGCCCCGGCCGCCCUCGCAAUGGCAAAGCUCUUCUGGCCGGAAACCAAGAAGAGCAAAGCCAAUGCCGACGCCGUUUACAACAUGGCCAGGGGCACUGAACACAACAUCAUCGAGGCGGCUAGUAACGGCGCCUCAAUCUCCAUCAAACUGAUCUCCAACGUCGCCGUGAAUCUGAUCGCCUUCAUCGCCAUACUCAACUUUGUCAACGAGACGCUCAGAUGGUUCGGCAAGCGAGUCCACAUGACCGAUCCAGAACUUACCUUCUCCUUGGUGUGCUCGUACCUGUUCUACCCGAUCCCCUGGUUGAUGGGCUGCGACACAGGUGACGUGUUCAAGGUCGCUAGUCUCAUUGGUACCAAGACAUUUCUCAACGAGUUCGUCGCCUACAAAGAACUCAGUGUGUACAUCAAAAACCGAGCUGUCCUCGAUAAAUACGCAGCAAACCCCAACGCCACCUGGAGUUACAUUAGUGACGGCAUAACGCUCGGUAACGGCACGACGCUAGCUGGAGGCAUUAUAUCGGAUCGCUCGACAGUUAUCGCCACGUACGCCUUAUGUGGGUUCUCUAACCUGACCUCUAUAGGGAUCAUGAUAGGGGCUUUAGGGGCAAUGGCCCCUAACCGAAAGAAGGACAUUACCAAGGUCGUAGUGAGGGCCAUGAUAGCCGGAAAUGUGGCGUGCUUUAUGACCGCGUGCAUUGCAGGUCUGUUGUAUAAAUCCGACAUGUAAACCGCCAUACCAAUGCAUUUGCCACGUGGAAUCGACGCCUUCAUCGACGGGCAUUUCUAGUAUUGGCUGCUAGUUUUACGUCAAAUUAGAUUAUGCAC